GCCGUACGGCCGCCGUAGAGCAAAUGUGACCAAGGUAUUAGUUUCUCUCUGCUCAAAGAUAUACUAGUAAUCAGAUGCCUGAUUCGUGAUGUUCACUACAAACUCUUAAAUUGGCCAUGUCAAUCGACGACGAAUUUGCUUCAACAGGAUUUUUAUUGUCGACAACUUCAGUAACCUCUCCCUCAAAAUAUAGGCUCGGGAUCGGAUCGGAGUUGGAGGAUGUCACUAUAAAAAUGUCUGCAUUUUCAACGUAGUUUAUUUUUGGAGGAAACUUUUUAUUUUAUGAGCUACCUGUUUUGAGAUGUAGGCAUGUCUUCAGCUGAGACAAGCAGGAGACUGAGACACAUUGGACUAAUAUCCCAGCAACGGAGAUUGCGUCAUUUAAGAAGUCUCUCAGCUAGGAACAUCAGCCGUGAGAAGUCAAAAUGGGGAACGGAAUCUCUCAUGGAAACCUACUUCACUCUCCAUUCUAAUAGAAGUACUGAAGCCUUUUAUACAAGUGAAAAGAUCCAGGAUUCAUUGAAUCCAACAUGGCGGAGCUUUGACCUCUGUAGGUCAUGUCCUGAGGUCAACACGUCUUUAUCUGCAUUUUAUGUGAAAGUAUGGGGCGGACAUGACAGUGACUUCAAACUCAUCAUUGAAUGGAAGGUUGAUCUUAAGGGCCUUUCAUUCAUUGGUACAAAGAUUCAUAAGGAUGGCGUGAAGUACCAGCCUAAUUCAAUUAUCUUUGGGAUGUUUGAUGGCUUCUAUAGUUCAGCAGAUAACUUACAGGAGUCUUCAAGAAAUAAAGCUAGAUUUUGCAAGUUCCUAGAAGUUGAUCAAAGUUCAGCUGUUCUCACAUACAACUCGUACUCAUUAGCAAGGCUACACACUACACAACGUGCAAUAAAACAGACGGAAGUGACAGUCGGCAAAGUAAGGACCUCCAUCAUUCAGAAAUUGAGUGACACAACUAAUAAAACAAGAUUGUGUUCUGAGAAGGAAGCCAUAGAACUGAGACUUAUGCUUUUAAAAGAAGAAAUAAUAAACCAGAGAAAGAGACUAGAGAGAGAGAAGGAAGUUUAUGAUCAUCAUAAACAACAACUCCAAUCUAAAGUUGAAACCACUAAGUUAAGAUGGGACGAACUACAGCACAGUCAUGAAGAGCUUCAGAUGGAGACGAAAAAAAUGACAGAGACAAGGGAUAUCAACAUUCAGGUGGUGUCAAUGUAUACGGCAAGGAAAGCAUCUCUCGUCCAAGAACUCUCUCAUAUAUACCCAAUAUGUCAACUACCUAGCAAUAUGUUCACCAUAUGCAAAGCACCCUUGCCACAUGCAGAGAGCAACAUUCAAAUGAAUAAAGAUGACAUGACGAUAUCAACAGCUUUAGGACAUGCAAGCCACCUGAUCCUAAUGAUCUCCAAGUUACUCCAAGUUCCUUUGCGUUAUCAGAUCCAUUACAACGGUUCCAGAUCUACGAUACAUGAUCACAUCACUGAGCCAUUACAAGAUAAAGAUAGAGACUUUCCACUCUAUACCAGAGGCAAGGAGAAGUUUCAUUUCAACUACGCUGUCUAUCUCCUGAACCGUAACAUUGCCCAGCUAAGGUACAUCCUUGGACUAGGGACCUCUGACCUUCGUCUGACCUUGCCAAACCUACAGACCCUCCUAGAACUCAAAUGGGGCACUUCAGUCUCUCUUCCUCCUACAUCAAGUGGAGCCAAUACCCAGCCGCCUGGAGCCGCUUCUCAACCAGUUCCAGCCGGAUCACCCCGGUCCCGUGCCAGCAUUGGGAUCCAGGCCUCCGGUCCAUACAUGUCUCCUAAUCCUCCAAACUACUCCUCGGCAGCUUCUGGUGUCCCAGCCGGUCUCUUGGCAGAGAACAUUCCCAACAGUCCACCUCCUCCGUACCACAUCUCCGAGGCAACUCAGCAGGGGAGGGCUGAAGAGGCAAGUGGUUCCACCCCACAAGGGGAUGCUCCCCAAGAUGGGAGGGGUGCAAAUGGAGAACGUAGAGGAGGGGGGCUGCGAGAUAGUGGGGUGGUGGUGACAGAAGGAGAUGAAGCAUCGCCAGGUGAUGAUGGUGGAGCGGAUCAUAGCAGUGGAGAGGUGGCAGGAAGUGAAGAUUCCCUCAACGGACGGACUUCCGAUGGGGAGCAUAUGACCAACGGAGCCAGCAGUGAUGGCGAUGAUGAAGAUGACGAGGAAAGGCAAAGAGUGCGAGCUGAAGUAAUCGGUAUCGGCCAACUAAACUACAGUUCAGGUGAUGCUCUUUCGCAGGACAGCGUUGAUUUGCAUACCAUACAAAGUGCUGGCUCAGGAGCCACUAGCCCUAUGAAGAGCAAUGCCAACAUGUCGUUAAGUGACCCACAAACUGAUCAACCAACAGAUGGAGAAGAACAAUGUAAGCAAGUAGGAGGCGGCAGCAAUCAACAGAGUCCUUCAAAAAGCCCAUCUCAUAAUCAAUCAAACUCUAAUAACGCAUCACCUCCAUUAAUUCCAGGGCAACGUGCAAAAAAUGAUAGUCAUUCCAGUUUAUCAACGACCAAAUCUCGCGUCGAAGGUCACCAGACUGAUCCUAGAGAAGCAAACCAAGUCAAUGAGGGGUCUACGGGUGAAGUGCCUUUCAUGGCUGUGGAUAGAAUCUUCCAUUUUGAUGACAUCAGCUCAAGAGCGGAUGCGCUAUCUAAUCAGGGGAGCUUCGCUAGCUUCAAGCCAAACAACUCUAUUUCUGUUUCCAAGGCAAAGAGUGCAUCAGAAAGCUAACGUAUGCCAUCAUGCAUCCAUAGAUAUGAACAAUGUGAACAUUAGAUGUGACCUUAGUUUUGGAAUUUGCCCUGUUUUAUGUAAUCAAAUCAAAUUAUUAGGAAAAGAUAAAAAAAUCACCUCAGAAUUGCUCGCAUUGAAAAUGUUUUGUGUCAUUAAGAUUUCCAAAAAAAAGAUAAAUGGAAAAAAAAUCAUGCUGCACUGAAAAUAAUCACCACUCCCCCUGCCUUUACCUCCCCCAUGACUUAUUAUGGGGGUGUUUCCAAUCAAUCGCAAAUAUUCUGUUGCAAGUUUAGAGUUGAUUGAUCACUUUUAACUAUAGCAAAUCAGAUUACACUACAUGUACUUGUUUCAUGGAGCAGAUUAGCAAUCAAUCCCAAAUUUGCAAUUAAUUGCACGGCAUAUGCUUGAUUUCGGGAACAAAAAUAAACUUGCAAUUGAUCGCAAGUUUCUUGCAACGCCCCAUAUGAAGAAUUAGAAAUUGGGGGAGAGGUUGUCAACAAAACAAAGAGAUGGAAGAUACCAAGAUGGCAUUCAAAAUAAAUAUUAAAACACUUUUAAAAACAUUAUCCAGAGAGUACACAUACACACAGACACAGAAAUUUCAUUUUUCACUUUAAUAGUUGACUUCUCUGUGCAUGUAGCAUUUUAUUCAUCCUAUUUUUUUUACUUCAACUUAAUCUGAAAUGAUUAUAUAUAUUCUCUCUCAUUUAUUAAUCAGAUAAGAUAUAUGAGGUGGUUUUCCAAGGCAUUGCAGAGUUCAAUUGUGAUUUUAGAUUUUGUACAGUAAUUCUACAAUUUCAUUGGUUUAUGAGCACAAUGAAUGGUUCUUCUGAGAAAAUAUGGAAUGCUAUGAUAAUGGCUUGGGCAGUAAAUGAAGUGAAAUAAGAAUGGGCAAAAAAAUGGGGUUGGACUUUAAAAAAAAACCUGAUGGGUGUUUCACAAAGAUUCAAGUAUGACUUGAGUCGCACUUAAAUGCCUAGUUGCGUGCGGUAUAAAAGACAUGACUAUAUUGGAUGGAUCUUGCGAAGAGGACGCGCACUACUGCAUAUUAGUCUAUACAAUUGCAUGUUGCAUAUCGUAUAUGCUUCUGCAUUUUAAGUACGACUCUAAGUCUUUGUGAAACACCCUCCUGGAUUAUUAAGGAAAUUGUCCAGAUAUAAAGGGACAAAGCUGACAAAUAUUUUGUGUGUAGUCAAUGGGACAUGACCUGUCAAAUAUAGUAGUGAAAAGUUUUAUAUUUUACCUUUCUUUAAAAAAAAAGUUUAUGCCCUCUAUAAAAAGUUGUCUUGCACUUUUAAGAAAAAUAUUAAAGUUUACUAGGAUGGAAUCUGAGCCGUUUCUGUGACACUGAGCUUAUAUGUUUCAUUCAGACAUUCUCAUAAGAUUUUAGUUCUUUUUAAAAAGAUUUGAAAAAUUAAUUCGGUGGCAUAUUGGCAAGUUUUGAUGGGUUGAAGUUUGAUUUCCAUGAUGUACAUGCAACCAGAAAUGAAACCUCUCCACAAUUGAUCUGACAAGAAAUGAGCAAUAUGCAGUCAUGGGCAAUACUGUCAUGUACUUUGAAAUUCUACAUUUUACCCUAAUAUUGGACAUAAUAAGUUAAGAAUAUAUUUUAUUGUAAUGUAUUUUGAGAACUGUUUUAUUCAGUAAUACUAAAAAGACACUGUAUAUGUUCAGCAUAAUGAGGCGAUACUUGAACAUCUUUAGGUCAUUGGGAAUGUAAGUUUAUUAUAUUCUCAAUGUGAAUCUUGUGUAUUUCAAACAUUGAGUCCCUUUAAAGGGAUUGUCUAACUUCAUUAAGGAUCUUUAAAAAAAAAUUCUAGCAGCAUAUGCUGUUGUCAUAAUUGCAAACCUUUAGGUAACACAAGAAUCAGCUGAGAUUUUUAAGCAUAUCGGUCACUCAAUUGCAGGGAUAAUGGUGACUAACAGUCAUAAGCAUCCAUGUGGAUGCUGGAUUAACACUGGGCUAUGGAGGGUAAUUCUUUACUUAUUGCAAAGCAUUUAUGGAUGCUUAUGAAAUAAAAUUUCCUGACAGCAUAGAGGGUCCCAAUUUCUCAGAUUUUUGCAAACCUCAACAAAGUUACUCAAUUUCUUUAACUGUCCAUUAAAUAAUUUAUAGUACUGAUACACAUUUUCACACAAUUGAAUGAUGGUUAUAUAUUUAUAAAAACUUGAUUUUUCCAUGCUUAUCACAAGGUUAAAUUUAGUGGGUUAUGAAGAUUGACAAGGAUUGAAUUGUACAAGAAUAAUGUUCUUUCAGUUUUGAUUGGAGUAUAGUUUACAGUCCUUACUUUGAGAGCUAUUUAUCUUCUUUACCUAUAUGAAACAGUUUUUUAUUUUUAAUCAAUGAAAACAAGGAUAAAAGUAUUUAAUUUAAGACAGUGAUCUUAUUAUGUUCUUGUCAUGCACAGUUGACCGUGUUAACAUGUAAUAAAACUAAUAUCCAAAUAUACAAUAUCUUUUAUUUUAGAGCAUAAUAUUAUGAUAUUCAUAUUUCAGAGUUUAUAUUUCAGAAUAUCUGUAUAAUAGUAUCGGUACAUAAACGUACCAUUUUAUGGACUGUACAGGACCCCACUCCUAAUAUUACUGAAUUAAAUCAGAUUUACAAAUACA